GGACCAAAAAUUCCGAUGAUUUUUCAUUGCUCAAUAAUCGAAUUAAUUUCUGUUUUAUAGAAACUAUUUCAUCAUAACAAACAGUAAUUCCCUGUUGGUUGUUAAUCAAUAUCAUUGAUUGUGUGUACAAUUUACAUAUUACAGAAAACGUUUUUAUCAUUGGACUGUCGUUUAGAUAGUACAUCUAGAUAAAAAGUUUCUAGUUAAAAGUAUAACAAAAUGGCUGCUUGAUUGAGUUUUGUGAACUGGGACGUUUCCAGUAAUUUGACUUAUUGAUUACUCAUGAUUCAUGGAUAGUGGAGAAUAUUUAUACUCGGAUAUUUCAGUAAACACCAUCUGACACAGAACAUGUGAUGUAAAUGUCAUGGGAUAUGUACCAGCAUGUCAGGGCACGAAGCUAACAACAGUCAGCUGAAGAAUUUAGCUGAACGUCUUCUUCAACAAGACAUCAAGGAUCAUGAAGGUGCCAGUGGUAGUUUGUUUUAUAAAUUUACUGGAAUGAAGAUACAGAAUGCUAAACUUCCACAGGCUUCUAUGGUAGCAGGAAGGCUGCAAACAAGAAAUGGUGCUAUUUGUAUUAAUGGAAACUACAGUUUAUUUUAUGAUGGCAUAUUAAAACGAACAGCAGAUGGCGAUUUUACUGUGAUGAUAUCUGAUAUGGCUGUUAGUCUGGAAGAUGUCAGAAGCGCACGCAAUCGUGGCCGUGACGGACGGGACAGCGUUGACCAUGACCUAUUACACAGGUUAAUACGGAAUGGCGUCUGUGUUUGUAAAAUUGGGAAAAUUAAAGCCAAAUUCCAAGGAGGAUCUGCCGGAUUAUGUUUGUUCUUCUUUAGAAUUUUAGUUAAAUUCAUGAGAAACAGUUUAGAAGAACAGGCCGCACAAGUUGUAAAGAAAAUGUUAAAAGACGAGGAGGACAUGGCUGUGAUAGGACUUAUAGCACUGUUUGCAUUCAGUGAAGAUCAGCUUCCAGAAGAACCCCCCAGAAGAGGUAUAAGACGUUAUAUAGCAAGUUGUGCGCCUGGUACAAGAACAAGACAUUAAUAGCAGCAUCUUUAUUUUUUAUACAAAUACAUGCUUAUUCCAAAGGUAUACUCCAGACGUGUUGUGAUCUACAUCUAAAAUUAUACACCUUGGUGCCAUGAUAUGAACUCGUGCUAUAUUAUAGAACAUACAUCCUAAAUUAUACACCUUGGUGCCAUGUGCUAUAUUAUAGAACAUACAUCUAAAAUUAUACACCUUGGUGCCAUGAUAUAGAAACUCAUGCUAUAUUAUAGAACAUCAUUCAUCUGAAAAUUAUUUUCCUUAGAGAAAAAGAACAAUGUUGUGCUUAUAUAGAACCAGCAUUUGGUCAUAGAAGUAACAUUAAAUGUUAUAUUUUUGUAUAUAUUUUCUUGUGUAUUGCAUUUUGUUAACUUAUUAAAAUUUAUGUUCAGUGUGUACAAAUAUAACUAUUAUGUAUUUUG